GCUAGCCCAGCUGGCGCUGCGAUCAGCGGCAGUGGUUCAGCGAUGCCGCUAAUGCUACGCAAAUCUAGCGGAUCCGCCUUCACUGCCCACAGUACCACCGGGGGCCUGGCUCUGGCCAGUGUGACUCAUCCUUCAACUCCUUCCUCAGAUAAGGGUACCGAUAACUCAGAUCGACAAGAUUCACCCAGCCAGAGCAAUCCCUGGAUUUCGGAUAACGUCGACUACUGGAACAUGUCCACCAGCAUGCAAGAUUUAUCCAUUAAGCGGGUCAAACGGUGGAGUUUCUCCUUCAUGGAACUUCUCAAAGAUCCCAUUGGGCGUGGAAAAUUCCAACGGUGGUUGGAAAAGGAGUUUGCUGCUGAAAACCUCAUGUUUUGGCAACAGUGUCAGGGCAGGUCUGGAUGGCAAGAUAGUCUAAGGGCCCUUCGCUGUUGUACUCCUUGGAAAGACUUGACCGUUCAAUGA